AUGGGAAUGGCGCUACCUUCUCUCUCUGCCAACACUAGGGCAGUUCAGAAAUUUUCUGAACAGGAUGAUGCUCAAACUCUCUGCAUAUCCAAUCCCAACAUCACUAGUUUGACAGUAGGUACCGACGAGUUUAGAGAAGCUCAUAAUUACAAAGUUGUUUUUUGUACUCCAAAACUUAUUUCUCUCAGUAUCACUGGCCGUCCUACUUACCUAGCCCUUUCUUCAAGCAAUUUACCUUUUAUAGAAGAAGUUCUAAAUUUAGUGACAACUCAACCUCCUUGCUUUGUUAGAUUGAAGUCAUUGAAAGUGGAGUUGAGAUGUGAUUCAAAGAUAUCUAGUGAGGAAGUUAGAGGAAUGGUAAAUCAUUUACUUCAAAAUUCUCUACAAACCAGAGUUGAUAUCAUUAAGCAGCCAUGCGACCUCUUUGGUAAAAUGACAAGACGGUGUUGUUAUGAAAAAUUGAUGAUGCUUUAUGAAGGAGAAGAUUGGUAG